CGGCCCCGUGUUGGUUCCAGCUGACAGGCAGAGAGAGCGCGCGACGAAAAUAGAGAUGUGCGCGUGAAGGAGGGAGAGAGGGAGGGAAAGAACUGCAGGUUUUUAUUUUUGUUUAUUUCUCAUGUUGUUUCGGUCACGUCGAGUCCUCGCGGCGUUCUUCUUUUCUGCAUUCGAGUUUUGUCGUUUCUUUGGGAUUUUUUUGAGUUUGGUUGAGGCUCGGAGCAGCGCACAGUACCGGUCCGUGUUCUCCUGCUUCAUCAUCUCCGGCUGGGGGGUGGUUUGGGCUCAGCCUGUCCUUUUUCGUGAGCCUCGACAGGAUGAAUUAGGGAUAUUUUCACCUCUUUAUUUGGACCAUUUUCACCGUAUGGGACAAACGCGUAUCAUUUGGAGAUCUCCAGCGCCCGCACGCGCACCAUUUUUUUUUUACGUCUGUUUGCUGUCUCUAAGUGGAUUAUUUUGAUCUUGAACUCGGCAGGUUGCUCCCCUCCAACUCUUCCUCAGUUCCCUCCUCCUCCUCCUCCUUCUUCUCCCGGGAAGUUAUGUCAAGGCCCCUUGCGCAGCUCCUGCCGCCGGAUCUCCCCACCGGGGCCACCAGCCCGCACUUCGGGGCCACUAACUCCACCGGAAGUGGCCCCCAAGCUGGACAGCUGACCUCCAUGACCAACCUGAAGUCUCUGCUGCAGCUGCCAAUCAAGGCCGACCAGAGGAGCCCCAAGGACUGUUGUGAGAUGAAGGAUAAAGACAAGCCCCUGGACUCAGACGAAGACUCUUUGGGAGUCAACGCAGGCGGUCCCGGUGGGGUGGGAGGAACCCCGGGCUCUGGCCCACUCCGACCCAACUCCCAGUCAGCCUUCCUGGGACCGUUGUUGUGGGAGAGGACGCUGCCAUGCGACGGAGGCCUGUUCCAGCUCCAGUACAUGGACCUGGAGGAGUUCUUAACUGAGAAUGGGAUGGGGAUGCACAGCAAUGGACCCAGCUCUGCCAAUGCCCAGAUCCCCUCCCAGAGCUCCCAGUCUGCCAUUCCCAACCAGAGCUCUCAGUGUCCUCCCACAUCUCCUCCACCCUGCUCUUCCUCUUCAUCCUCCAUGUCCUCCUCGUCCUCUUCGUCCUCGCUUCUUGGAUUGGAAACCAUCCAGCCACAGGCACCACCACAACAGCAGCAGCAGCAGCAGCAGCAGCAGCAGCAGCAGCAAAGCAUGAUGGGAGGAGCUGAGUGCAUACAUGGUGGGCAGGCUGUGCCCCAGGACCCAUCGCCGCCCCCUACCUGCCCUCCGGGCCCUCCCGGACCUCCAGCCGCCGUGAAUGGCAGCAGUGACAUCAUGGUGAACUUUGACCCCGACCCGGCGGACCUGGCGCUGUCCAGCGUGCCGGGGCAGGAGGCAUUCGACCCGCGGCGGCAUCGCUUCAGUGAGGAGGAGUUGAAACCUCAGCCCAUGAUCAAGAAGGCCCGCAAGAUGCUGGUUCCUGACGAGCAGAAGGACGAGAAGUACUGGAGCCGGCGUGUGAAGAACAACGAGGCGGCCAAGCGCUCUCGGGAUGCCAGGCGGCUGAAGGAGAACCAGAUCUCGGUGCGGGCUGCCUUCCUGGAGCGAGAGAACGCCGCCCUUCGCCAGGAGGUGGCCGACAUGAGGAAAGAGUUGGGCCGCUGCCGAAACAUCAUCAACAAGUACGAGAGCCGCCACGGAGACUUGUAAGGAAGACGGGUUUAUGGUGGAAGAGGAGAAAAGGGUACAAGGCAAUCUGACAACAGCAGCACUUUAGAUGAAGUGGCAGUGAGGGGGGGGGGGGGCUGACGUAGAUCUGCAGUCUGUGACACCGGCACAUGUUCUGGAGUGACCGCCGUGCUUCAGGGGAGCAAAGUGACGCCGUUUUAUCCAGAAUGACUUGCUCUGCACACGCCACUUUGCCAAAUCCACGAUGAACGGAACCAUCACCUCAGCGGCUCCCGUCACCCGCGGCGCCGUGCUCGCUCCUGGUGCCACAUGGCAGUUUUGCAGGUAGUGCAUUCCAGUCGCCGCUCCAGCCAGUUCAAACAGUCCAACGUCCAACUCAAACCAGUGAAUCUCACGUUUUUUUUUCUUUUUUGCUUCGGGCGUGGACACAAACCAGAAGAAGUCAAAACGGGGAUCCUUUUCUAUAAAUAUAAUAAAAUACCUGUAUAUUUUUGAACAUGGCCGGAAGGCAAGGCUUGAAAAGGGGGAGGAAAUAGCGGAAGCGGAGGGCUUUUGUCCAGAGGAGAUUUUGACAAAGGAUAAUUGUAUAUUUUUCUAUAAGCAGAUAUUCAGGAGGAAGAGUUUUGGAGAUCAUCUUUUGUAUUUUUUCUAUAUGGGGGUGGGGAGGGGGUUUGCUGGACAGUCACAGUGACACAGUUUUUUUCCUCUUCGCUGUUUAGUCAACAAACAUACAAACAAACAAUCUAUUUUUAACGGCUGGUCUAAGGCAGAGUUAGAACACAGAAUGUAUCACGCUUGAAUCAGGUAUUUUUGCAACUCGAGCCAAGGCGAGGUAUCUUAGUAACCACUGGUGUCUGUGUCAAGACCAAUGGGAACAGCAGGGGGUAAAUUGUAUAAUUUUGAUGAUAUUAUUAUGGCACCAGCCCUCUGAAGUAGGUUGAAGAACCAUAUUAUUAUUUUAAUAGGAUUAUUAUCAAUAUAAUGCUUUGAUUUUCUUUCUUUCUUUAAGGACAAAACGUAAACCCCUGAACCAAAAAACUUAAGGCCACUUCGAAUAUAUUCUACUUAAAAAAGCAAAAAGCUUUUAUUGACACGUCGCAUGACCUCUGAUCUUUUCGGAAGGUAACGUUUUGUGUCAAAAUUUGGCGUUGCAGCAAUUAUAGUUUAUUUAUAUUGGGCUCUUAUGUGAAAGUUGUCCAACUUUUUUUCUUUUGCGCUCUCUUUGCCAAAACAACUUCCCGGUAAGCAGAGACACCCUGAUGUGUUUGUUAAAUCUGCACAAAACUUUACAAAGUUGUGGCCUUUUUUUUUUUUUUUUUUUUUAAAGCUGAUGCUCAUGUUAUUCACAUUGUAAACAAGGGUUGCCAAGGAAAGUAGCUUAAAGUAUGAAGAUGAAAAGACAUGGAAACUGGUACCAGUCAUUCAAACUUGAUUCAAGGGGCUCCCAUUGAGAAUUAAAAUCCACCUUUCACCACCACUUUAGUACACGCUGAAGCAGAGGUGUGGCUCAAUCGACACUGCCAGCUAUGUUUGUUUAUUUAGUAGUGAGCUCUUUUUUUAAAUCUGAUGUAUAAUAUUUUUAAAAAAGAAAGUAGUAGACGAGAAAAAAAAAACAGGAAGCAAUUAGCCAUCUAAACAGCUGGAUUUGAGCAGAUGUUGGAGGUAUUUGACAGCAAAAAAUAGGAUUCUGAAAGCAGGUUCCAGAGUCACUUGGGUGGACGCUCGCCGCACUCCUCCGUCCCAUCCAGGAGGGGUUGACACCCGCUGGUUUGUGGGGUGGGUGGGCCGCCCCCCCCACCGAUGGCGCAGAGACUGAAGUAUUCAGCAUGCAGACACAAACUUGCACAGUCCUUUCUGGUUCUAACCCCUUUUAUUGUCGUAGAUGUUGUUUCUUGGACUUUAUGGUGCUGAUCUGAUCCUUCACCUGACACACGGGCAAACACACAAACGCCACACAGACACACACCUCAAACAUACAUUACUGCCAAUAACCCUUCUUUGUAUUUUAUUCAUUUUGUUUUUGUUGAUUUUUUCCUUUUCUUUUUUUGCAAUGUGUACUGAUAAAUCACACACAUUUACACACAACCACCUGUCUGUUAUACUUCUCCUUUAAACCGAAAGAAAAAUGCACCCUACUGCUACUGUACUAUACAACUGUACUAUUGAAUUUUGAAGUAUUCUCUCACUAGAUAUAUAUGUGUAUAUGAUAUAUGCUUGAAUUAUGUGAUAAUAGUUGUAUCAUAAAUAAUUGAAUAUAUUGCAGAAAAUCCAGUGGAAUAACUUUGUCAGUUUUCUCUCAGGUCUUUUUCUCUGAGAUAAUAAAUAUGCAUAGUAAUAAUAAAAAUAUUAAUAAAAAAAAAACACUUAAAAAUCUAUCUACAAUCCAGCACCAGAAUUUUUAUUUCUUUUUACCCUUAUUUUAUGUAGUUUCUGUACGAUUUGAACCAUUUUUUAAAAAUUUACUAACCCUUAUAACAUUUAUUUAACGUAUCUGCCAACUACCUUCCAACCGCCAAAAAUUGCGGUCAACUGUCAACCUUUGCAUUUUGCAAAUCCACCUUAAAACGCAACUAAAAUAAAAAAGAAAUGUUUUGCAAAAAGUAUUUCGCUUCACAUUCAUGUGAUGUAAAAUAGUUUCGUUUUAGGAAAAAGAAAAAAACUAAAUCAAACAGAGAAUGUGAAGAGGUCAAUUCUAUCAGACUUUUUUGUUUAAGGUGGCACCUUUUAUUUAUUUCAAAUCAGUUUAGUUCAAAAAAACUUUGCCACACUUCUCUUAAAAAUCUGUGCAACACUUGAAUUACCAAAUAUUAUUUGCUUAUUGUUGAGAAGUAAUUGAGCUUAAUUCACCAAAUAAGCUCAUUCCUCUUAAAGCUAAUACAAAUUACCAUCAAUAUAUCGAGCUAGUGUUCUUGCUAACGCUGGUUAUGUCCGAAUUCCCGCAUUACUCACUACAUAGUAGUGUGUAGGGAGUUCGCCAUUUUUCCGUGGUGUCUGAAUCUGGCUAUAUCCGAAUUCCCACCCUAAUCUGAUCUAUUGAAAAACCACAUACUGCAGUACUAUGCAGUGUCCUGAAUUUUAAAAGCAAUUCGGACACCAUGCUCACUUUUUUCAAUCGGUGGAUACGAUAUCAUUAAUUUCACGAAGUUAAAAUCUAAUUAAUAUGAGCGUUUUGCGACGAUUAUUUAUGAGUCCACUGUCUUCUAAAGAUUGAUGAACGUUGAUGGUUGAUUAAAAAAUACAUUUACAUUUUUUUUGGGCAAAAAUUGUUUCCAACGCAAUGCAUUGUGGUCUAUAUUCGCCGAUCUAAUGAGCAUCAAUGCACACUAGUUUUUCGCAGAGACUUCUGGGAAAUUUCGAGGGCACUCGAUUUUGGAAAUGUAAAUUCGGACAGCACUACAAAAUGGCGAACGCACAUUGUAGUGCACUAUAGUGCAUUAUGUAUGCUCACUUGAUUAGCAAAUAUUUACCACAAUGCAUUGCGUUUGAAUGAUUCAUUUUUAUUUCAAAAAAAUGUAUGUACUUAUUUUUAAACAAAUAAUCCCAAAGUUCAUCAUGAGACCACAAUGGAUUUUUCAACAGUCUUCCCAAAAUGUUGAUAUUUAUUAGGUUUAUUAGGUGACGUCAUGGUUGCCAUUUAAAAUUUAAAAAAGUUGUGAGCACAUGUCUGAAUUACAUUAAUAUGCAGGGCACUAGAUAGUCCUGCACUAUAUAGAGUUUUAGGGAGUAGUGAGGGAAAUUGGACAUAUCCUUUUACCUAUAAUGCUGUCUAUUGUUUGGCGGUCCUAGUUAUACUAACAAGAAAAAAAGGUUUAGAUGCAAAGAUUUACAGGCCUGCCAUGUUUUGGUGACUGCAAAGUCACUAGGAUGUGAUUUUCACUGAAAGAGGGGGUGGGCUUCAAAGGACAAUCCUAAAGUUUUAUUUAUAGAUGCUAAAUGUGCACCUUUUUGCUUUUCAUCUGAAGUCUUUUUAUUUUUCUAGCAUCCCGAUCUCUCCUUAAAUUGAUUUCAGUGAACUUUUUCCUCAGGGGAAGUCGAAUUCUUUCAAACCUAAAUGUCUGUUUUACACCAAAAAUGAAUUUUUACUAGAUUUCAUCAAGUCUUUGACCUUCUGCUUUGUGCUUUUCUCCCAAAACAGAACUUAGAAUCACUGUAACAUAUGAGCUUUUAUGCAUUUCGAUUGAAUGACAACGUUUUUUUCUUCUGAUAUCUGUAAUUUGGAAAUUUCCUCACAAAUGUUUCAGAAACUUUUUGACAGUGCUAUUUUUCUAUGUAAUUGUGUUGUUGAGCAUCUUUUCCUGGGGGGCAUUUGAGGCCCGCUCUUUAUGUGAUGGCAGUGACAGUUUGCUGCUGUACAGUCAAACGCCACUGCGUGUCAUUUUGACCGCGAUAACACUAACAUUAUUGUACACAGCCUUGUUAAUUCUUCUUGGAUUUUGUGGACGCAGCUAACUUCUCAUUGUUGUGAAUGAACUUCAAUCUCCAUGAACACCACUCUACCAGGAUUCCCCUCCAGUAUUUGUGUACUGUCCGCAGGGAUGAUGGUAUAUGUGGUCUUUUUUUGCCCCCCCCCCUAAUAAAGACUAAUCCUUAUUCACUGAAA